AUGCCUUACGCAGAUGUUACUAUGCCCGAUGCGCAACCAAACACGAUCGAUGCCACACCUCGAGUGGGGCAAACCAUCAGCCACGGCGGAAAAGAGUACACGACUAUCAAGGAAGGACUUGCGCACAUCCUCGUGCCUGGUGGAACACCCACUUCAACCGAUCCAAAGCUAUCCAAGGAGGAGACACAGCAACAACAAGUCUUCUACAACCCGAUUCAGCAAUUCAAUCGCGACCUGAGUGUUCUGGCGAUUAAGACUUUCGGGGAGGACCUGGUGCACCGGAGGCAACAGAAAUAUGAACUGGGACGGAAGAGGAACGAGAAGAAGAGGCAGAAAGCGCAAGAGAAAAAUGAUGUAGAUGAGAACCACAAUGGCGUGGCCGACACAGAAGGAGCGCCUUCGAAGAAGAGGAAGCUCGCGGAAGGCGAGGCAGACGAGGCCACAGGCCCUGCAAAGAAGCAGAGAGUCGCAGAGAAUGGCGAAGGUGGACAGGAAGAGAUUCCCAUUGUUGAGCAGGAUGCGACAACAGGUGCGAACGAGGAAUCUCAGCCAUGGACACCGCCGUUUAGCAUUCUCGAUGCUCUCUCUGCAACUGGGCUUAGGGCACUUCGAUAUGCGCAAGAGAUACCGUUCGCCACAGCAAUUACAUCGAACGAUAUGUCGCCAAAUGCAGUCGAGUCUAUCAAACUCAAUGUAAAGCACAACAAGCUGGAGGACAAAAUCACUGCCAACACAGGCAACGCCAUCGCGUACAUGUACAGCUUUUGCGACAAAAAGGGAUACGAUGUCAUUGACCUCGACCCAUACGGCACAGCUGCGCCUUUUAUCGACUCUGCCAUACAGGCUAUCAACGACGAGGGGUUGUUAUGCGUUACUUGCACAGACUCUGCCAUAUUCGCAUCCCACGGCUACUUGGAGAAGACAUACUCACAGUACGGUGGCUUACCUUUCAAAGGCGACCCAUGUCAUGAGGGAGGUUUACGGUUGGUACUACACGCUAUCGCCUCGUCAGCAGCACGGUAUGGCAUGGCGAUAGAACCUUUGCUGUCAUUGUCCAUUGACUACUAUAUUCGUGUCUUUGUCAGGGUACGAAAAGCUCCGACUGAUGUCAAGUUGCUCGCUGGAAAAACGAUGAUCGUAUAUCAUUGUGAGCAUGGCUGUGGCGCAUGGUCAACGCAGUUUCUUGCACGCAACAAAAUUGCACACAACAAGAAGGGAGACCCAUUCUACAAGUACGGAUUUGCCCAAGGACCCACUGCGGAUCAACACUGCCAACACUGCGGUUUCAGAACCCAUCUUUCGGGCCCCAUGUAUGGCGGUCCCCUACACAACGUAGGCUUCAUCGAGAGGGUGCUCGCUCAGCUGAACAACGUCGACCGCGAGACAUAUCCGACAAUGGACCGGAUGGAGGGCAUGCUGCGUAUAGCCCUUGAGGAGAUUACGUUCGGCGUCAAGCAGAAGAAGUCGAACGACGAGAAGGAUAUCCGGGUACUAGAGCCAUUGAUUCCUAAAGCAGACCCGGCAGAGAUAGACCACAGCCCCUUCUUCUUCAUCCCCAGUUCGAUCGCAAAAAUCGUUCAUUGCUCAGCGCCCUCGACAGCUGCAUUGCGUGGGGCACUUCGACAUGCUGGAUUUCGGGUCACCAUGAGCCACUGCAAGCCCGGAUCGAUCAAAACGGAUGCCUCUUGGACAGACAUUUGGCAUGUCAUGUUAGAAUGGGUUCGCCAACGUGCACCUCUAAAGAACCCGCUCAAGGAGUACAGCGCAGGACGCGCUAUCGUGGCAAAAGGAAGCGCUAGUGAUUAUUUCCAGGACCAGGGAGGUAAAGCUUUGGCGGACGCGACAAUGGAUAACGCAGAUAAGAUGGACGUGGAAAUCACAACAACCCAGAAACCAUCUUACAAGGAUACAAACUUCGAGGUUAAGUUCGAUGAGGACCUCGGUAGGGACCAUGACAAGGGAAAAUACGUCCGCUAUCAGAUCGCGCCGCGAGAGAAUUGGGGGCCAAUGGCGCGCGCGAAAUGA